AUGCGCCCCGCGCCCGGCGCCCCCCGCGCGGCCCCGCCCCCAGCCCGGCGGCAGCCCCGGUUCCUGCGCGGCCGGAGCGUCUCGGGCAGCAGCGGCGGCACCGGCGGCGGCAGCGACAGCAGCGCGGGCGCCGAGCGGGAGGACGACGACGAGAGCGCCAGCAUCAGCAGGCCGCUGGUGUCCGCCGAGCCCCCGGGGACCCCCGCCGCCUCCCGCGCCUCCACGCCCACCUCCGCGCGCAGCAUGACCGCCGCUGACCUGGGCGCGGGCGCCGUGGCCGGGGCCGUCGGGGGUGCGGGCGGCCCCGGCCCCGGCCCCGGCCCCUCCUGCCGUUCGUGCUGCGGUUGCUGCGGGCGCCGGGCCAGGUCGGCCCGCGGGGGUGGGCGCCGCGGCUGCUCCUCUGGCUCGGGCUGCCGCUGGGGCUACCAGGCGCUGUCCGUGGCGCUGCUGCUGGCGCAAGGCGGCCUGCUGGACGUGUACCUCAUCGCCGUCACGGACCUGUACUGGUGCUCCUGGGUGGCCACCGACCUGGUGGUGGCGGCGGGCUGGGCCAUCUUCUUCGCCAAGAACAGCCGGAGCCGUCGGGGCGGCGCACACGCCCACCAACCGCAUCACCCGCACGCCGCGCCCCUGCACCUGCCGGCCGCCCCCGCCGGGGCUGCGGGCGCCAAGGCGCGCGGUGCGCGCGGGGGCGCGGGUGGCCUGGGGCCGGCGGGGCCGGUCGGGGCGGCCGGCGAGUUCGCCUUCGCCUACCUGGCCUGGCUCAUCUACUCCAUCGCCUUCACGCCCAAAGUGGUGCUCAUCCUGGGCACGUCCAUUCUGGACCUCAUCGAACUGCGCGCGCCCUUCGGCACCACGGGCUUCCGCCUCACCAUGGCGCUUUCGGCGCCGCUGCUUUACUGCCUGGUGCGGGCCAUCGGCGAGGCGGGUGCCGCCCCCGGCUCCGCGGGCCCCCUCCUCCUGCAGCCGCAGCGGCACCGCGCCGCCGGCUGUUUCCUGGGCACGUGCCUGGACCUGCUGGACAGCUUCGCGCUGGUGGAGCUGAUGCUGGACGGCCGCGCGCCGCUGCCGGCACACCUGCGCUACCUGCUCCUCGCCGUCUACUUCCUCGCGCUCGCCUCGCCGGUGCUCUGGCUCUACGAGCUCCACGCCGCCGCCUCGCCCCGAGCCCGGGCCUCGCGGCCGGGCGGCUGCAGCUGUCUCCUGCGCCUCCUGGGCAGCUGCCUGGUGGAUGCGCCCUUGCUGGCGCUGCGCUGCCUGCUGUCCCUGAGCUACCAGCAGCCGCUCUCCGUCUUCAUGCUCAAGAACCUCUUCUUUCUCGGCUGCCGCGGCCUGGAGGCCCUGGAGGGCUGCUGGGACCAGGGGCUGCCGGCAUCCCCUAGUCGAGCCAGGUCCGGCUACGGUGCUCCGCCCUCUGCCCCGCCGGCGCCCGGAGCCCCCCAACUGGGCCACUGCGUCUCUGAGGACGAGGGGUGCGCCCACGGCUAUGUCAACACCCUGGCUGUGGCUUCCCAGAAUUGA